UAUACAUACAUACACACACAACAGAAAGAGAUCGAAAGAGAGAAGCGGUGAAAAAGGUAUAUAUAGCCUGCAGCCAUGGCCAUGGGAAGAGGAGGAGGAGAACUCCAAUUAAUCAAUGAGCUUGAAGCUGAGCACGACAGUUUGCUAUGGGGAUUCGAAGGCGAAAUUGAUGAAGAUGACGAUGAAGAGAAAUGCACCGGAAUCAUGAGCAAUAACCAGAAGACGAAGAAGAAGAGCAAGAAGAAUGAUGGUCGUGGUGAAUGCUCGGAAGAACUGUUGGGGAAACAGCAGGUUGAUGAACAUGAACUCCAUAUUUGGACUGAGAGAGAAAGGAGGAAGAAGAUGCGCAAUAUGUUCUCUACUCUCCACUCUCUCCUCCCUCAUCUCCCUCCUAAGUCGGAUAAGACGAGCAUCGUCGACGAAGCCAUAAGGCAGAUAAAGAAGCUGGAGCAAACCCUAGAGGACCUCCAGAAGCAGAAGCUCCAGGACCUCCCGGGGACGGGACUCACAAUCCAAUCCAGGGAGGCUUUUCUGGCGGACCAGUGCUCCUCGCCGGCGCCGGCUCCAUUCGCCGGCGGCGGCGCCGACUUCCCCCCCGUUUUCAAGACGUGGACAGCUCCGAAUGUGACGCUGAGCGUUUGCGGAGACGACGCCCAUUUCAGCCUCUGCAGUGUACGGAAGCCCGGCCUCCUCACCGCCGUCUGCUUCGUCGUCGAGAAGCACAAACUCGACGUCGUCUCUGUGCACGCGUCGUCCAAUCGGAAUCGGAUCUUGUACAUGAUCCAUGCCCGACUAAGUGCAAAUGUAGCUUCAGACAGAUUCUUGCAUGCAUUUCCAGUGGAAGCAAUAUACAAGCAAGCAGCAGCUGAGAUUAUGCUAUGGAUGAAUUCUUAAGUUUUUUAUUUAAUUAUAUAAUUCUAUCAUUAUUUUCAUCUAUCGCUAUUAGGGUAUCUCAUGUUUGAAUGAUAUUUAAACGAUUUGAUCGGACCAUUCAUAUUUAUAAUUAAGGUGUAUCUUUUUUUUCGAAAGUCUAUUUGAAAGAACUUU